GUCUGUGAGCGUACAGCUAAUAUUGGUAGGAAUUUGCGUGGGUGUCAAUUAAUGAGGCGCACCGGUCGACUAGCUUGGCGACGAGCAUGAAACGGCUCAGUUGGAUUACGUUCAUUUUUCUUCCCUUGACAUUUGCGUCGGUGAGCAUACCACCAUCCAUCGACAAGUCAAUUCUAACUGAACAGAGUUUAUUCGGCAUGAACGUGGAUAUCCUCAGCGACAACCCUUCAUGGCGCUGGUAUCCUCUCAUUGGAGGAGUUCUACUGCUAUUGACGGUGGCAGUAUGGCUGUCGAGCAAGUUUACGAAUAUUGAGCGAUGGGUAGAGGAUAAAGCGGAGCAGCUUAUCAACGGACGUCAGAAGAAAGAGACACUCGUGUGGUGAUACCCGUGUUAACUGGUUAAAAUUCACACCAAACACACUAAACAGUAAAGUCACGAGCAUGCACUCCCUGACGAGUCAGAAGGGCAGUCAACAGCGCGCGCACAUCAGUGAGGAUCUCAGAGGCGGUCGUCGGGACGGGAAGAGCGGCAGAUCC